GUUGGAGACUGGAGCGUGAACAAGAACGCGGUGCCGGCCAGUGGACUGCACAAGGUUCUCCCAGCAUGCCGGCGCGCGCUCAGCACCGCCCCACUUCAGGCUCACUGAUGUCGUGGCGCUGAAAGGAAGCCAGGGACCAUAGUUCAGCAAACAACAGGCUCCCUGCCUACACUUGCAUACCUAGAGUGACAUCGUCAUUAAAUAAAUCGGAUUGCCGGAGAAAUGAGACGUGCGGGUUUGGGGGAAGGAUCUCCUGCCUACACUGGAAGUGGUUACAGUGUGUAUGAAGAGGAAAAUGAUAAAUUAACAGAGAGCCUUCGAGAAAAAGUGACAGCAUUAAAAUCACUUUCCAUUGAUAUUGGAACUGAAGUUAAAUAUCAUAAUAAACUCCUGGAUGAAAUGGAUACAGGAUUUGAAUCCACAGGAGGACUAUUGGGAGCCACCAUGGGUAGACUCAAACAUUUAUCUCGUGGGAGCCAAGCAAAAUUGAUAUGCUACUUGAUGCUAUUUGCAUUUUUUGUAUUCUUUGUGCUUUACUGGGUUAUUAAACUGAGGUGAAAUAAAUUUGUACCACUCCAAUAUUUGGAUCUAACUCAUUACAUACAACUAAGAAAUAGAAACUGGACAUUUUCUAGCAUAAUUCAGGUAUAAUUGGUCUUAAAAACUUUAAGAGAAUGAUAUUGCAUUCAUUUUGUAGACCAUAGUUUCAUGUUGUGCCAUUCUCACUGGUUGCUAAUCAAAUCAAAUUUUCAUGUUUAUGAAAGAAAAUCAGUCAUGGUAUAAUUCUGACAUUGAAAAGUAGUUUUGCUUAUUUUCUUGUGGCAAGUGAACUGCUGUGUGUUGGUUGUGUAAUAGUCUUUAAAGAUGGUGAAGAAUUAAAUAAGAAAUUACAUUUUUAAGUGUUAACCAAUUAACAAUUCAAUUUUCUAAUCGUAAAUUAGUCUAAUUAACAAUUUUCUAAUUUCCACAAGUUGGAUUUAAACAUUUAAUGGUGAUGCAGCAGACUGGUACAUUAACAUGCAAUGCAACACAGUAGUGAAAGAUGUGGCCAUUUCUAUAAUGCUACAUGUCACUUCUUGUCAAAGCCUGGCCAAGUUGUCCUGGAAUUGAGGUGGGGGGUGUGGAGGAAGGGAAGCCAGUUAGAGCCAAAUCACCUUUUGACACUCGUGGAUCUCACUUUUAUUACUACUACCCCUUUAAUAUCUUUGAAUCCUACUCACAAGUUUUGAUAUUUUUUUCUUUUGCCUCACAGCAGCCUGUGAGAUUUCCUAACCUUGUUUUGAGGCAACAUUGAAAUUUCAUUUCAGUAACUUCUGUUCCUCAAAUGGCCUUUAAACUGAGAAGUGAAACACGCGACCCACAGCCAGACCACCUUAUCAAGCUGCUUUUAUACAAUUUUCUGGAGACAGUGCAGCACAGGUUGCUUCUACUAUCUAGGAUCGGUAACUUAUGUGGUGCAAGUUGUUGAUACUCCAGCAUACUGUAUCAGCUUUCUGCAAAAAGAUUAGCUUUGUAAAAAUAAGACAAACUUCCUUAAAGGAAUAUUGUUAUACAUAAUUAUUGUUUACAUUUUUGUAAAGAAUGCUGCUUUACUAUUUGAGAGACCAGUAGUUGAGAUGUGGAGUGAAGUAUUAGAAGUUCCAGAAUGAUCGUGGAAAUGAAUGGGUGCGGUCAGACAACAGAUGUAAGGUGCACUCCGAUAGGGAGCAAUGCUCCUGUGGACAUCCUGUGGGUAGUUGGAUACCUGAGAGCAGGCUGAUUGAUUGUCCUUUUGCAAAAGAAUGAUACCUUGAAGCCUGAAGGUGACAGCAAGUGAACAGUAGCAAAGACCACUUCUGUUGUUUUCCAAGAGGAUAUACAUUUUAAGGGGCUUUUCAUGAUUUGUGCCAGCUCCAUUUCUACCAGCUUUAUUUUUUACUAAUUUUAAAAUGCUUUGGCAGGUCUUGAAUUUUAAUAUUUAGUGAGCAAUAGUUUUUAGAAUUUCUCACUGAUAUUUAUGGGUGGAUAAAAGGCAGUUGUGGAAGUUUAAAAAGUACAUAUUUAAGUGGGAGGCCUUCAGAGGAAGGGGCGCUUAACUUUCCAGUCUUGUUGAUAUGCUUUAUUUUAAAAUCUGAGGUACUCACUUUUUCUGUCAGUAAGAGAUGGAUCAGGUCCAUUGUAACUCAGAUUAUCAGUAACUCCACCAAUCCAUGAUCCAGUUGAAUCAGCACCUGAGGUAACUAAUUAUCUUGUAGAAUUUAACCCUACAGUAGUUGGAAAUAUUUACUAUUUUCUUGAAUACUGUGUAAUUUUACUUUUAAAAUAAAAAUAUUCUUCGGAAUGACUUUAAAAUCUCUAGUAUAACAAGAGUGCUGAAGUUCUUUAAUGGGUUAAUUUCAAUGCUGAAGCAUGGGUUUGUAUCGCCUCUCUGGUAUUUGUAAGGAUAUUGAUAGAAUUAUGUAGGAGGUUUCACCUCAGUCCUAUUUGGGCAUUGUCCAAAGCACAAACUGCCAAUAAUUCAACAUCAUUUGGCAGUUUCACUCAGAUUGAAGUAGGAGGAUCUACAAAUUAUGAUUUUAGAAUUUUCUCAUGAAAUGUAAUUUUACAUGUUUAAAAUUCUGGGCUAUGAUAGCAAUUUAGAAACCUUUUUUAUUAAGAGUUGUUAAAUUGUUAUCUGUAAUCAAAAAGUAUAAGCUAAAGUACUUUUUCCCAAUGAAUUAAAAUUGAUGGAUUUUG